AAAAUGUAAGUUUCUUAGAGAUAAUACUAUUUUAUUUGUUAUAAAUACAGAUUUUAUUUUUCAGAGGCCACAAUUUAGAAGAUAUACAUCGUCUUCAUGAUGGUAAUUUACGUCAUACAACACGUGGUUUAACUUAUUCAUUAAAUAAAAAAAAACGUUGGUUAUUGCCUGAUAUUAUUGAAGAACGUAUAUGUGAAUAUAAUCCUAAAUUAAAAGAUUCUAAAUUAGAAGGACAACAUGAAAUAUCAAAUAUUGAUGAGCGUCUUAAAAUAAUUAUGUACGAAAAUGAAAAUAUUCGUCAUUCAUCUACUUGUAUACGCUAUGGUAAUAAUCAAAUAGAACCACAUAUUCUUCAUAAAAAUGGUCGUAGAUUUAAUUCAACAACAUUAACAAAAUGGAUGGAUUUCGAUACACAUGAACGUCGGAAUAGACGUCGUCGACGUAAUAAUAAUACUGAUCGAGUAAAUCAACCAAAUUUUGGUAUUCAAGAACGGCCUGGAUUUUUUCCCAGUGAAGUAAUAUAUGAAUUUUUAUAUCCAAAACACUUACCAUCAUCAACAUCAUAUAAAAGUGGAAAAACAACAUUAAUAAAAGUUUCUGAUCGUUAUCGUUCUCGUUAUGAUUAUCAUGGACGAUCUCACAAAGAUACAAAUAAAAAUCGACGAAAAGUUCGACGAUAUGAAUGUAAUCAACCUGAUAUUCAUGCACAAGAUUAUUAUAUUGAAGAAGAUAUUAGUAAUGAUGAAUAUAUAACAAUAUCAUCAGAUUUAAUCGAUGAAAAUGAUAAAUGGUCGAUUGUUUUUGAAGAUACAGAUGAUCCAUUAUUAGCUUCUAUUAAUUUUCCAAUCGAAUAUUUCAUUCCAUCCACACCAUCGACUUGUAAAUCUACAUCUUUUACGAAUGAUAAUUCAUCAGAUAAUAUUAAUGAUUAUAAAGCACAUAAAUACUUCGAACCUUUACCCACACCUAUACCUCCACCUCAAAUAUCUUCAAUUACAACUGAUGAACAAUUACAUUCGUUUCAGUAUAAUAAUGAAUCUGAUUUUCUUACUUUAAUGCAACAAUCAACAAUGAAAAUCACUCAAGCAAAUCUUUCACCACCAAUAUUUCUUCAAAGAACAUUAUCAUCUUCUUUUUCUGUUAUUUAUACAUAUGAUCGACAAUCAUCUAAAGUCAAUGUAACUCUUAAAUAUACUGGAAUACGUCCUAAAUUUAGUUAUUCUACAAGUAAAAUAACUUUAGAAGAAUUCAUUCAAAUAAUAUCGGAAAAAUUAGAUGAAAAUCCAAUCGGUAAUAUGACUAAAUCAUUUAGAAAUACUCGUUUUGAUGUUGAUGAAUUACGUGGUUCAUUACCAUUACCGAUGACUAUUUUACAAAAUAUGCUUUUAACUCAACCUAAUUCUACAAAUAAACAAAAAAUAAUCGAAAAAGAAAAUAUACAUAUUCAUGAAAAAUAUCAAGAAGAACAAUGGUUUGAUACAACAAAAACUAUAUCUGAUUCAUUAGAAUGUUCAAUUUGUUGUGAAACUUUAACUACUAAUAAUGCUUGUCAAUUACUUCCAUGUUAUCAUACACUUUGUCAUACAUGUUUAACAUCAUAUAUUCGUACAAGUGUAUCAUCAGCAACAUAUUCAUCAACAAGUACAUCAUUAAUAACUUGUUUUCAAUCAGAUUGUUCAACUCAUAUAAAUCCAUCUCUUGUACAAGGAUUUAUUUCAUUUGAAAUCUAUGAAUCAUAUAUUCAGUCAUUAAUUGAUCGUCAUAUAUUUUCAACAGGUAACUAUCGAAAAUGUCCAUCACGAGUAUGUUCAAAUUUACUUAUUAUUGAUGAUAAUACAAAAUUAACAUCAAUGUGUUCAUGUGGUCAACGUGUUUGUUUGCAAUGUUUUGAAGAAUAUCAUUUUCCAGCUACAUGUCAACAAUAUAAAUUUUAUGUUGCACGUUUACGUGAAAGUGGAGAUGAUUUAUUAAGUGAAUCAAAAAUUGGAGAUAACUCAAGUUGUUAUAUAGCUGAAGGAAAAAAUUGUCCAAAUUGUGGAGAAUUUGUUGAAAAGAAUGGAGGUUGUCCACAUAUGACAUGUAAAUGUGGUAAUGAAUAUUGUUGGAUGUGUUUAAAACGUUGGUCAACACAUAAUUCUUCUUCUUGUAGUAAUGUACCUGAAUCAACACAUGAACUUCGUUCAUCAACACGAAAUCGUUUACAUAAUAAAGCUAUAAAUCAUCGUCGUCAACGUAAUCAACAUACAUUUUAUACAUUGUCAUUAAUUGCACGACAAUCAAAAGUUUGUUCAAAAUAUCAUGAUAUUCUACUAUCAACUUAUAUCGAUUUAAAUACAUUAGCAGAAUUUGUUUAUGUUUUAUUACAACGACGACGUACUAAUAUUUAUAUUCGUGCUGUUUUAGGUCAAACUGCAAAUCGUUUAGAACAAGAUGCAUUUCAAAUCAAAUUACAAAUUGAAUGUCAACAAAUUAAAAUAAAACAUAUUGAACAAAUACGAAAUCGACUUGAACGAACAUUAUUAAAUUUAUUACAUAUGAAAAAUACGAAAGUUUUGAUGUAA